AGGUGCUUUAUCAGUAUAGUAUGUAAUAUGUUAAUUCAAUAUUGUAUAUACAUAACAUUAUUUAUUAUCUUUUAACAGUGUUAUUUAUUAACAAGCUAUAAAAACUUGAAUGAUUUGGUGAUAAGGCUACUUUACUUGAAAUUAAUGUAUUUAUUUAUCAUAUCACACUACUGAUAAGUCUGAUUAGAGCUGAAACUUGCUGACUAGAUAAUCAGUUUAUUGAAUGCUUGCCAAAAGUGGAUUGUCGACCAUUAGAAUGCAAUCGAAGCGACAAGCUCUUCUGCUCUCCUCAUCAAAUUGCCAUGGAUAUGGUUUAUUAGAAUUUGCAAAACAAGAAAUUUGUAACUUCUUAUCAAUAAAUAAUGUACGUGAAUUAAUAUUUAUACCUUAUGCACAAAAUGAUUUUAAUGGAUACACUAAAAAAAUUGCAGAUGUUAUUGAUCCUUGGGGAUUUUCUGUAAAAGGACUUCACACAUUUCCAGAUCCUGCAAAUGCAAUCAAUUCAGCAAAGGCAAUAUUUAUUGGAGGGGGCAAUACAUUCUUACUCUUGCAUAGGUUGUAUGAGAAAAAUUUAGUAAAUAUUAUUAGAGAUAAAGUUGAUGAUGGAAGUUUAAUUUACAUGGGCAGCAGUGCUGGAACCAAUGUUGCUACAAUAAGCAUUCAUACUACAAAUGAUAUGCCAAUCAUAUAUCCACCAACAUUUGAAGCUAUUGGAAUUGUCCCAUUCAAUAUCAAUCCACACUAUAUUGACAAAGUAGAUGAGACUCAUAAAGGCGAAACUAGGGAUCAAAGGAUAGGAGAAUAUAUGGAAAUGUCUCAUGCAAAACCAGUUUUGGGUAUGCAUGAAGGUUGUAUUUUACAUGUGAAUGCAAACCAACUCACACUGAAAGGUAUUUCAGGGGCUGUAUUAUUUCAAAAGAGUGAAAUGAAGACUAAAUAUGAUGUUGGUGCUGAUUUAUCAUUUUUAUUAUAAAAGUGAUGAUAAAAUAUUUAUUGAACAAACUAUGACUGAAAAUUUUAAUAAAAUGACAAUGAUAUAUACUACACUAUUAAAUUGAUGUACAUUUUAAAUAUAUUAUUAUUACCUUGA